AUGGCUGUGGUGGUGGUUGUAGUAGUGGUGGUGGUUGUAGUAGUGGUGGUGGCGGCGACGUCUACAGUGGUGUCUCCAUUCUCGGGGAGCGGCGGCGGUGGUGGUGGUUGUGGCGGUGGCAGUGGCGUUGGUGGUGGUAGUGGUGAUGGUGGUGGCGGCGGCGGCAGUGGUUAUGGUUGUAGGGGUGGUGCUUGUGGUGGUGGUGGUGGUGGUAGCUAUGACUGUGGUGGUGGCGACGGUGGUUAUGGGUGUAGUGGUGGUGGGGGGGGGGCAACAGUAGCAGCUGUGGCGGUGAUGGUGGUGGUGGUUGUGGUGUUUAUGGUGGCGGUGGUCGUGGUCGUGGUGAUGGCAGUGGUUGUGUGGUGGUGGUGGAGGUGGUGCGCUGGCGGCGGUGGUGGUUGUCGUGGUGGAGGUGCUGGUGGUGGUCAUUGUGGUGAUGGUGGUGGUGUUAGUGGUGGUGGUGUUAGUAGUGGUGGUUUUAGUGGUGGUUGUGGUGGUGGUAGCGGCGACAGUGACGGGGCAGGUGGUGGUUGUGGUGGUGGGGCGGCGGUGGCGGUGCCGGUGGCAGCAGUGGCGGCGACGAUGAUUGUGGUGGUGGUUGUAGCAGUGGUGGUGGCGGCGACGGUGGCAAUGUUUGUGGUGGUGUCGGCGGCAGCGGCGUUGGUGGUGAUUUUUGUGGUGGCAGCGGCGGUGGCAGUGGUGGUGGUGGCGGUGGCAGUGGUUGCUGUUGUAAUUGUGGCGGUGGCGGUGGUUGUGGUCGUGGUGGUGGCAGUGACGGUGGUGACGGUAGUGACGAGGAUGGUGGAGGUGGUGGUGGUGACAGCGGUGGUGGUGACGGUAGGGGUAGCGACGGUGGAGGUGAUAGCGGUGGUGGUGGCGACGACGGUGGUGGUGGUUGUGGUGGCGGUCGUGGUGGUGUUAGGGGUGGUGCUGGUGGCUGUAAUGGUGGUAGUGGUUGUGGUGGUAGUGGUAUCGAUGGUGGCGGCGGCAGCUGUGGUAGUUCUUGUGUUGGUGGCAGCGGCGGUGGUGGUGUUGGUGGCGGCGAUGGAUGUGGUUUUUGUGGUGGUGGUGACGGCGAUGGUGGCGGCAACGGUGGUGGUGACGACGACGGUGGUGGUGGAAGUUGGUGGCGAAUGUUGUGGUGCUAGUCGUGGUGGUGGUGGUGGCAGCGGCGGUGGGUGUGGCGGCGGCGACGGUGGUGGUUGUUGUGGUGGUGGUGGUGGUUGUUGUGGUGGUGUAAUUGGUGGUGCAGAUAGUGGUCGUGGCGGCUGCAGCGGUACUGGUGGUUGUGGUGGUGAUGGUGGUGGUCGUGGUGGGGGCGGCGACGAUGUUUUGGUGGUGGCGGCGGUGGUGGUAGUGGUAGUGAUGUUGGUGGCGACAGUGGUGGUGGUUGUUUUGGAUGGUGGUGGUGGCGACGACGGCGAUGGUGGUUGUGGUGGUGGUGGGGGUGGUGGUUGCAGUGGUGUUGGCGGUGAAGGUGUUGGUGGCGGCGACGGCGGUGGUCCGACGAUGGCGGCAAUGGCAGUUGUGGUGGUGGUGGCGGCGGCGGCAGUUCUGGUGGUAGUGGUAGUGGUAGUUUUGGUGGUUGUUGUGGCGGCGACGGCUGUGUGGUGGUGGUGGUGGCGGUGGCGGCAACAUGGCAGUGCCGAUGGUGGUGGUGGUGGUGGUGGCCGCGGUGGCGGUGGUGAUGAUAGUGGUCGUGAUGGUAGUGGUGGUGAUGUUAGUGGUGGUGAUGGUGGUGGUUGUGGUGUUUGUGGUGCUGGUAGUGGUGGUCGUGGUCGUGGUUGUGGUCGUGGUGGUUGUGGUUAG